AUGAAGGCUGCCGGCAUCUUGGCCCUGAUUAUCAGCCUCAGCAUAAUUGCAGAAUCCAAAGUCUACACUCGAUGUAAACUAGCAAAAAUAUUUGUGAAGGCUGGCCUGGACAAUUACGAGGGAUUUACCCUUGGAAACUGGAUCUGUAUGGCAUACUAUGAGAGCCACUACAACACCACAGCCCAGAAGAUCCUGGAGGAUGGGAGCGUUGACUAUGGCAUAUUCCAGAUAAACAGCUUCACGUGGUGCAGAAAUGUAAGAAGACAACAGAAGAAUCACUGCCAUGUUGCCUGCUCAGCCUUGGUCACUGAUGACCUCACAGAUGCCAUUCUCUGUGCCAAGAAAAUUGUUAAAGAGACGCAAGGGAUGAACUAUUGGCAGCGCUGGAAGAAACACUGCGAGGGCAAGGACAUGUCUGAGUGGAAGAGAGGAUGCGAGGUGUCCUGA